AAGCUCAAGGUUAUAAAAGUCAUAACAAGUGACGAAAAGGGGUUUCAUGCAAACUAAAGGAUUUUUUAUAUAUAAUGGAAAUGGUAGCUAGCUUUUCAUUGUCCCUUCAUUCCAUAUGUAUUUGAUCUAUUGUGUUGCUACAAAGUCUUUAUAAACACAGACACAGAAAUUAGAGAACAAGAUCAUGAAGAUAAUAUUGUUAAGGAUCAUCGUGGUUUUCUUUUUUAUUUUACCAAUUUAUUCGGCCAUAUUAUCAGACAACCCUUUAGUUGAACUUUCUAAUGGAGAGUUGGGAAAGAUGGCUGGUUAUGGAGAAGAAAAACUCUCUACUGUUAUCAUCCAUGGUACUCUUCUUUGUCAUCAUCACCAAUCUUGUGCUGAUAUUAUAAACACACAGCUUCCUCCACAUCCAGUUUCAGGAGCAAAUGUGGCUGUCUUUUGUGGAACUAGUGAGGGGAAGGUGAGGGGAUCGUUAUGGUCCAAAAAUAUAACAAAUGAAAGUGGAAAGUUCCUAAUAGAUCUCCCUUCUCAUCUCCAUUCUAUUCCUAAUUUGGAAAAUUCAUGCAAGAUUCAUGUUCUUCAUUUGCCAAAGGACUCCUUUUGUCGUCGCCAUUCUUUUACACAUGCAAGAUCAAUCAAACUAACAUCUAUUGGAGAUGGCACACGCAUUUACACGACCCAAGGGAUCCAGUUAAUUACCUCUAAAGCUUCAAAAGCAGGAUGCACUAAUAAAUUUCACAAGAAGAAGAGAUUGUUAUAAGAAUGUCUCAUCUUUUUUUGGGGCACAAAAAGAACAACAAGAGAUAAAAGGUUGAUUCAAUUGUACACAAUUUAAUUCCUUGUGAUGGCGCUUCAGUCACACAUUGAGUUGUAUAGCCAUGUUACGUACCAUGUACAAUUUUGUAUAAUUAAGCUUAAUUCUAAGUAACUUAUGUGUGUGCGUGAGAGAGAA